ACAGUUAAACUGCAGUGAAAGGAAUAGAGAAGUCGCACACGUUGUAUAGUCGCAACUCGCAACACGCAAUACGCAACGCAAGCAAUACGACUGGUAGGUAGUUCCACUCUGCAGUAUCUAUACAAAAGAUUGAAGAAUAAGCAAACUCGUUUCGUGAUCUGCGAUUGAUUGAUUCUAUUGCACAAUGAAUAUAUCCGAUUAUUCUUAAUGUUUUGUGAACAUGAAGGAAAGAAAUACUAGCUCUGUUCUCAAGCGUAUUUUAGUGAAUUGUACAUCUCAGGCAAAAGUAUACGGGAGCUGUGUUGCAGCUAAGGUUCCAGACAUUGAACAUGAUGUGUGUGUUAAGGAGUUUCUGGCAUUAAAAAGUUGUAUGCAAAAUACGCUCAAAAAGAAGGUUUAAGUGAAUGUCCACUUGCUUCCUCGUUUCUGGCCAUUGAGCAAACACGUGAAAAAGCUUGAUGGUUGUACAAAUUUCUAAUCAUCCGUAUAAAGAGGAAGGUCCUGUAACUUUUUGUGCGCAAAGUUUGUUUCAUACCUCCGCCACUUAUUGUGUAAACAAGAAUCAGCAAUAUGUCUGGAAAAGCAACAACCUCGAAGUCUAAUAUAGGUCUGAGCGGAUCUGGCGGUCUUUCACAUGCUUACAUUCAGUAUCCACCACUUCGGUGUAAUGUUCCUGGUUCAAGGGGACUAUUUUAUGACGAUGGAAAUAAGUUGGUACUCUCCCCAACAGCUGACCAGGUCUUUUCAUGGAAAGUCGGUCUCUUUGAUCCUCUCAUUGGUCCCACCACUGACUCAAUAAGCGAAGGCCCUAUUAUAGCUAUUCGAUAUUCAUUAGACACAAAGGUUAUAGCAAUACAGCGAUCGGGCCAUGAGAUACAGUUUUGGGAUAGAGAAACUGCGGAAACUUUCAGCCAUAAGUGCAGGCCAGAAUCAGAAAGUAUACUUGGAUUUUUUUGGACAGACAGUCAACAGUGUGAUAUUGUUGUUGUUAAGACUACUGGUCUAGACUUGUGUGCAUAUAAAUCAGAGUCGAAAUCACUCCAAUUGGUGGAAACAAAGAAACUGAAUGUUAGUUGGUAUGUUUACACACAUGAAAGCCGUUUGGUGCUUCUUGCUUCUGGAAUGCAGUGCAAGACAUUCCAUGGAUUUCAGAUUUCAUCUGCAGAUAUUGUUCGCUUACCAAGGUUUGAGAUGGUUAUGGCCAAAUCCGAGGCAAAUAGUAAGCCUGUUUUAGCAGCUGAAGACAUCUUUAUUGUCACUGUUUAUGGUAGGAUAUACUGCUUGCAAGUUGAUAGAGUUGCAAUGUUACUCCAUUCCUAUAGGCUAUAUCGUGAUGCAGUGAUUCAGCAGGGUUCUUUACCAAUUUAUUCCAGCAGGAUUGCUGUGAGUGUGGUCGACAAUGUACUUCUUAUUCAUCAAGUUGAUGCAAAGGUUGUUAUACUUUAUGAUCUCUUUGCAGAUUCUCGGGCACCAAUAUCUGCACCACUUCCUUUAUUGUUAAGGGGUUUCCCUAGGUCCAGUACCUCAUCUCAAUCUAGUGGCAGAGAAAGGGAAAAUUCAGAUGGUAAUGUUGCGAGUAACCAUGAAGCCGUUACCUAUGCUGAUACAUGGAUUCUCCUGGUGCCUGACCUUGUAUGCGAUGUGGCCAAUAAGUUAUUGUGGAAAUUCAAUUUAGACUUAGAAGCAAUUUCUGCCAGUAACUCCGAUGUCCCAUCAGUAUUAGACUUCCUGCAGCGACGAAAGUUGGAAGCUAACAAGGCUAAACAAUUAUGCUUGGGUAUAACACAGACACUUAUUCUAGAGCACAGACCUGUGCCUGUGGUUGCCAAGGCUAUAAAUGUACUAGUCACCUCGUACUCCCAUUCAAUUAAAACUUGUAGCUAUCUGAAGGGGAUGAAACCAGAGAAGACAUUAGAUUCUGGUGCACAAAAUGCAGAUGCUGAUGUAUCUUCUAUAGAAAGGGAUGCAGUUGGAAAAUCGAUCAUACACGAAUCUACCACUAGGGUAGACAGAGGAAAUUUUAACAAAGCUUCAACUGUUUCAUGUUCGGAUUCUGAGGAUGAGUCACUGUUUGCAAAUCUUCAACGCAUUUCAAAGGAGGCCCAAGUUGGGGGUAGUGUAAACAAUGUGAACUCUCCAAGUACUGAAGCUCAUAGUUCUUAUGUUAUGCAAUCAUCUUCACUGUCUGUACAGGAGGAAUCCCAACUUACUUCAGCAGCAAUUUCACCAGAUGAGAUGUACAACUCUGUCUUUUCUCCUGUUGAUGAAGAGAUGGUAGGAGAUCCUUCUUACUUGGUUUCUAUAGUUAUUGAGUUUCUUCACAGUGCAAAUUUGGAAAAGAUUCGUGUGCUCCCAAAUCUAUAUGUAUUGAUAAUACAACUUCUGGUGCGGAAUGAACGUUAUGCAGAACUGGGGUUGUUUGUCAUUAAUAAGAUUCUGGAGCCUUCUAAGGAAGUUGCUCUACAACUCCUAGAGUCUGGUCGUCAAAAUACCCAAACUAGGAAGCUUGGUCUGGAUAUGCUGAGACAGCUUGGUUUACAUAAUGAUUAUGUAUUGCUGCUAGUGCAAGAUGGAUACUACCUUGAAGCCUUGCGAUAUGCACGGAAGUACAAGGUGGAUACCAUUCGACCGUCGUUGUUCUUAGAAGCAGCUUUUGUAACCAAUGACUCCCAACAUCUUGCUGCAGUUCUAAGAUUCUUUACAGAUUUCCUUCCUGGCUUCAAAAACACCUCUGAGCAUAAUAGAUACUAUCGCAUACUGAAUGAGAUGAACUCUUCCAUGACUGUUUGAGAGGUCUUGCGAGAAAAAAUUCAGAGAGAAAUUGAGUCAUUGUUAUGGAUAAACCCUUGUUCAAGACUUCAAGUGGGGUUUAUCUCGUGAAGGAUAUAUAUUGGUAAUAGUUGCAUGUUGUAUGUUAAAUAAAUGUUCUUCCUAGCAAGUUUAGUUUUAGUAAAUACUUUGAUCUAAAUGAAAUUUUCCGGCAAUGAAAAUAAGCUUCGCUUGACCUUGUGGAUGAAUAGCUAAAUGUUGAAUCUUUAAAGCAUUGAUUUUUUUUGGGGAGUA